AUUAUUAUUAUUUAGAAAGAAGCAGAUUAUUCUUUGGAUGUCUUUUAUCAAUAUAUUGAGAAUGAAAAGAUAGCUAAGAAAAUGAAAAGUUUGAAUCAUGUUCGAAACUUGUAUGAACGUGCAGUUGCUAUCUAUUGUACUGACGUUGGGUUAUGGGAAGAUUAUAUUUGUUUUAUGAUGGAAAGUGCUCAUGUUUUAGUGUUUUUGAAACCUAUUGCUCUUCGUGCGGUACGUAAUUGUCCUUGGUCUGGCGCAUUAUGGGCUCAUUUGGCACGAUUUAUGGAAUCCUCCGGUAGUCCUAUGGAAGAAGUGAUUGGUAUUUUUGAUCGUGCUAUUUCUAACAAAGCAUUAUUAGCAAGUCUUGAAGAUUUGGUGACACUUAUGAUGGCAAAAUGUGCACAUGCACGAAGACAAGUGGACUGGGAACAAGUUGAUGAAGAUUCAGUGAGCUAUCUGCGACUCACCUUCCAAGAAGCUUUAAUGUACAUUGACGAAUCUUUCCCGGAGACUGGUGAUCCUUAUUAUCGUAUUGAAAAGUACUGGGCAAUGAUAGAGGGCAAACGAUUAGGUGAUAUUGAACGGGCAAGAGAAAUUUGGGAUGGUGUUAUCAAAAAACAUGGUCGUAAUGCUGAAGCUUGGCUCAACUACAUCGAAUUAGAAAGAUCACUUGGAAAUAUACAUCGAUGUACCUCUCUUUUCAAACAAGCUGUUGCCAAGAAUCUGGACUACCCAGACCGAUUACUCAAUAUAUGGUUAUCAAUGGAAUAUGAAGAAGGCUCUGUAGAAUCAUUGGAAGAUUGUUUUGUGCGGAUCAAUAAGAAAUCCAAAGUGUUGACAAGGGAAUGGCAGGCUGCCCUUGCACAACAAGAAGCAAUGGAGGAAGAAAAGAAACAAAAAGAAAUCAAUCAAAAGAUCAAGAAAAGUGCACAUAGACGGAAGCAAAAGGAUUCAAAGAAGGAAGCAACCAUGACAACACAAGGAAAGAAACGAAGACUCUCCUCGACAGAUGAUGAAAAAGAUACGAUGGAUCACAGUAUGAAGAAAGCCAAGGCACAGGAUCAACAAUCAUCUACGACCAAGGAUGAAAAUGAUGGAUUCAAAAAGCCAGCAUUUACACCAAGGAAUCGUGGUGGUCGGGGACGUGGUCGUCGAGGUGGAAGAGUAGCAUUAGGAGGAUCUGGAGUCCAACAACGACAACAAGAUACAACACAAACAUCAUCAACAGAACCUCGUAGUAAUGAAGAUUUCAGGGCCAUGCUUUUAGCAGGAAGAAAAUGAAAUUAUAGUUAAUAUUUUUAAUUUAAAUGAUGAUCAAUAAAUAUGUAUUGUUUGAAAAAAAAACAUUUUUAGUUUAUCGAUUUGACUUUUUAGCUUUCUAUGACAAA